AUGGCGACUGCUAAAACUGUGAAGGACGUCUCACCCCAUGAAUUUGUCAAGGCCUAUGCCGGACACCUCAAGCGUUCUGGCAAGAUGGAGCUUCCCGAGUGGACCGAUAUUGUGAAAACUGGAGUACUCAAAGAACUUGCUCCAUAUGAUCCUGACUGGUACUUUAUUAGAUCAGCUUCUGUGGCUAGGAAAAUAUAUUUAAGGGGAGGCCUUGGUGUCGGUGCCUUCCAGAGAAUUUAUGGUGGGAGUAAGAGGAAUGGAAGUCGUCCACCCCAUUUUGGAAAAAGCAGUGGGUCCGUUGCGCGCCACAUUCUUCAACAGUUGCAAAACAUGAACAUCAUCGAUAUGGAUCCAAGGGGUGGAAGAAGAAUCACAUCCAGUGGGCGACGGGAUCUUGACCAAGUUGCUGGAAGGAUUACUGUUGUUGCACCUUGA